AUUGCGAUUGCAAACAAAGAGUGCCAUGUUGUGUAAUCCACUGCAGUUAUUGCUGAGCUAAUCGUGACAGGCUGCUAUCCGCCUACACAAAGCAGCAUCUUCACUGUCACCGUUAGCCGGUUAGCUAGCUAGCUCCUAGCUAGCUGUCAGCGUCAGUGAUGUUUUUGUAGCGAGUCUACCUGACUCUUGCUGACCUUCAGUGGCGAUUGGCCCCCCGCAGCCAUCUGUCAGCAUGCAAGGAUUCUACUCCAAGCUGGACUCGUCCCCCGCCUCGUCCCCGUUAUUGGGGCGGGCCCUCGGGGGAGAAGGCGCUCCAGUACCUCUCAGCCUGGCUGUGGAGACGGAGAAAGCUCAGGCUCUCCUACAGACAUUCAGCUCUGCCUCUCUGCUGGCGUCUGCAGGACUUGGUGUGUUCUGUGUGGUGGCGGACCACGCCCUCCAGCUGUCCGUCAUCCAGAACCAUCUGUGGCUGCGCGCUGCCUUAGACAACGGCACGCACGGAUUGGUGGGGCUGUGGUCAUGGGCAGUUGUUAUCGGACUAAGGAAAAAGAGCGAUCUGUAUGAGGUGCUGCUUGCCGGUCUUCUGGCUUCAAUUAUAGACCUGGACCAUUUCUAUAUGGCUGGAUCCCUGUCACUCAAGGCUGCCGUCUCGCUCCCUCAACGUCCUCCUCUCCACUGCUCCUCUCUCAUCCCCGUCCUCUGUCUCUCCCUGCGUUUCCUCAUGUGGAUCGGGCGCCUCAAAGACGCUUGGUGCUCCUUGCCGUGGAUGCUCUUCAUCUCCAUGGCGACGCACCACGUCCGGGAUGCCGUGCGCCGCGGCCUGUGGGUGUGCCCGUUCGGCAACACGGCGCCGCUCCCUUACUGGCUGUACGUCAGCACCACGGCGACGCUUCCUCACCUGUGCUCUGUGCUCAUGUAUCUGACGGGAACCAGGGACGUGAUCUCCACCAAACACGGCGUGGCCAUCGAUGUUUAGAAGCCCCGGCUUGCCGACAACGUCCGACGCUGAUCUGGUUAUCAAUCGCCUCCGGGGCAAACGCGUUCUUCGCCGCUUGAAAACAACUUUUAAGAUAUUUGAAUUACUGGAGAAAACAUUUCUGGCACUGGACCCCCGAUUGGCACUUAAAAGAUGCUGCUGAAAGAUAAAUUUGAGACAUGUUUGUUCAGCUUAGUUGAAGAGAAAUGUUGGCUAAGAAUCCUUUUUUUUUUUUUUUUUUUUUUUUUUUUUUUUUUUUUUGUUGCAGCCAGGAUGAGGAAACUGUCAUUACAUAAUAACGGAACAAAACAUACAAUUUGGGUUUCCAUAGAUGGAGACAUCUGUAAAAUAACACAUUUUUGAAAAGGGACUUUCCGGUGCGAGUGCCAAUAAUGGAUUUAUUUCUUUGAUUUUUUUCUUUUCAGGUAUUAUGGAAAUGUAUCAGAGUUUUGUUCACUGAGUAAUGGUUAUCUUUAAUAACUGUGUUUAUGGAGUGACCCUUUAAAGCUUUGACAUCGUUUUGCAGAGGCUUGAGUGCUGUCAGUUCGUCUGCCCAAGUCCCGAUAAGGGGCCAAGACUUCUUCAUCGUCCUUUCUUGGCCCCUGAACUCUAUAUCGCUAUAUCCAUCUUCGUCCUAAGAAGGAACACUCAAGGAAAAGUCAACCAAAGCUCAACCACAGGCUGUAUGGGCACUGUAACGUUUAUUGUUAUUAGUGUCAACUUUCACCCUCGGCGCGUCCAACAGUAUGUUACCACUGUUAUUCCACUGUCCAUUUAAAAUGGGGACAUUUAAUGUAUCGUGCAUUCAUUGUAGAGUGAUUUCUAAAUCCGAUGACAGAUCCACCCUUAAUUAUCACAAAAAUGAUCUUUGUCUGUUAACGCCUGUGCUAUCCAGCUGUCACCUCUCUGCCACUUUAACAGACUCUUAACUCUGCUGCUUGAAUGAGCCUUAUUAUGAAGCCAGUCUUUUUUUUUUUUUUUUUUUUUUUUUUUCUCGCAAAUCUGAGGUUUCAGUGCCAACCAUGUCAGCUGUGGUUAUGGAUCAGGACUUUGUUUGCUGUGUAACCUGGCAGUCGUUCUCGUUUGUUUCUAAAAGAAAUUUGCACCAUCUAGAUAUGGCAUUGGCAUCGUUGGAUUUAGCUGAAAACGCACGUCCUUUUUUCUUAGUUCUGUUGGUUGUACUAAUUAAAAGUUGAAAAGGCUCUUUUAAAUCAACCUGGGGAGUGAUAAGUAUUCCACUUAUAAGAGAUGCCGGCCUCAAGAUGCUGUACAAGUGAAGAUUGUUGGCUAGUUUUCUGACUUCCCACUGUACCAAUGCCAGAAAACUGCUAAAACUUAUUUUUACACAUUCAAACAGGAAAAUCCACUUUUGAGUAUCAUUUAAUGACAUGUUACAGCCCAAGCUAAGGAUCAUGAACUGACAGAUGAUUUUGUACUUUACUGUCAGUGUGAUAAGUGUAUGGUAUCUCACAUGACCUCUCUAUUUUACAUCAGACACAGAAAGGAUACGGGACUUGGAGAGAUGCUGGAUAAUUAUUUUUUGAAGUUUUAAACAUUCAAGGGAAUUAUUUGUUUAAAAGUGUGUCCAUUGACCGGAAUAUCUUCAUAUUUACAGAAAUAUAAAAUGAAAAAAAAAAUGUUAUUGCUGCAUUAACUUGUUGUAUAUUGUUCCACUGCAGUUUUGGAUAUGUUACUCUCAAUUAAAUGAUUGAUACAGUGCAUAAUGCAUACUGAAAUUCCCAGUUGGCUUUUCAGUGCUGAAAUCAUGACUUGCUGGACAUGGAGUGUUUAUUUGAACUAUUUAUCACACUUAGACUUAGAACAUUUAGAGGUAGAAGUCAUUACACUGUUUUAGAUGUAGACCGAAAACACAUUUAUUCAUUGAGUUAACAGUAUUGUUUACUAUAUUAUACAUAAUGCAUAAUAAUAUGUGGUAAAAAGUGGAUUAAAUAGGUUUUAGAGACAUUAUUCUAGUUAUUUGAAGGUGAUUUGCUUUUAGUAUAAAAGGGAUGGUGGACCCCUCAAAGACAUUUCUAACAGUCUGCUUCUUUCUUGAAUUGAGACAUAUUUUAGUUUAUGCUGAAAACAUAAUCCCAGUAUUCUUAAAUAUCGUCCAUCGAUAAAUAUUGUAAUUUCCAUCUGAGGUUUUUGUAUUUUUCUUUUUUGUGGCACUGCUGAUGAUUGGAAGGUUGCAGUUAGGCUUGCUGUCCACUAGGUUGCUGCAGUGAGCUGUAUGUAUUCACAAUUUGUCAAUUUGGUACUAAUCAGGUCCUGAAGUAUGAGAUGUUAUGGAAAAGAAAAUGUAUUUUUAGUUUUGGUACGGUCUUUGUGUUGUUUUUUUUAUCUGCUGCAAUUGCACUAUCUGUGUUUUAAUUUAGGAAAUAUUUCCCUUUUCUGGAUUGGAAACUAUUGGAAACUGUACUACACCUACUUAACUGAAAGUCAGUUUUAGGAAGAAAAAGUUACACAAUGGCUGCCGUCCCAUUUAAAUUAUCAUUUAAUUAUCACUGUGAGUAAAACGCGAUCUCUUUUACUGCUGCUUCUGUUUACAAUGUGAUGCCCUUCAUGUAUGCAAUAUUAUGUUGAAUUCUGCACAUUUUAAGUUUUUGUUUAAAUUAUGUUUUGUAUUUGUUGAAUGUUUUUUAUGACAAAGUUUUGAUUUCAAUAUAGAUAGUAACAAGAUGGUUUUAAUGUAGUGUUCUUUUUAUCUCAA